AUGGGUAACCCUUUUGAAGCCAAAAACAGCAACAACCUGAGCCCCAACGCCCAGGCUAAUACCCGGGGCCGUGCGCCCUCGGGCUUUUCCCUGCGCAGGUCCUUCAGUGGCCGCAGCCAGCGCGGCGGCGACGACGACUCCGGUGAGCGUCGCGGCUUAUCCGCCAUCUUCGGCAGCAACCCCUUCUCAUCGGGUUCGCGUUCCCAGCGGGAUCGGGGGCGAGCAGAAAGUCCUCCUCCGCCGUACUCGCCAACGCUCGCCGAGGCCCCUGGUUCAAUCCCCGCCGCCGCCCCCGACGGCGAGCUCCCAGAUGACCAAUACGCCUUCCUACGGGAAUUCAACACCAUAUUCCUAAUCGACGACUCCCUCUCCAUGAAAGUCGAGCGUCGCUGGGCCGAGACCCAAGCCGUCGUCGCCGCCAUCGUACCCAUCUGCGUCGAGCGCGACGAGGACGGCGUCGACGUCUACUUCCUCAACCACAGGACGUCCGACCGGGGAGACGCGUCCCGCGGCGCCGCCGGCACGGGCUACCGCUCGCUGCGCGACCCCAAGCUGGUAACGGACCUAUUCACCGUCGUGCGCCCCAGCCAAGCCACCCCGACCGGCAUCCGCCUCGACCACAUCCUGCGCGCCUACCUCGCGCACUACGAGGCCCGCGUGCGAAGCACCGGCGGCGACGUAUACUGCGUGCGGCCCAUCAACGUCAUCGUCAUAACCGACGGCCAACCAACCGACGAGCCCGCCGAGACCAUCGCCGCCGCCGCCCGCCGCCUCGACGCCAUCGGCGCGCCUCCCCACCAAGUCGGCAUCCAGUUCUUCCAGGUAGGCCGCGACGCGGCUGCGACGCGCGCCCUGCGCGAUCUGGACGACGACUUGUGCCGCCGCGAGAGCAUCCGGGACAUGGUGGACACGGCCACGUUUAACGCUGCGGGGCCGGCCGAUGCCCCCUCGCUUACGGCGGACGGGAUAUUGAAGGUGGUGCUGGGCGCUGUCAAGAGGAAGUUGGAUCGCAAGGUUUUGGUUAGGGUUGAUGGGCCUGUGCGGUGA